AUGACGAUUUACCAAAAUAUUACUGAAGAUGGAGAGGGGGAAACCUACGAGCGCCUGUUUUGCUCUCAGGAAUUAACUGUAGGAAUUCACGGCCAUCUGAUAUUUCUUUCGGUGUUCAAUUUCUUACUGGCCAUUUGUUCAUCUCUGGGGAAUAUUCUGAUCCUGAUUGCCCUUCACAAAGAGACAUCUCUUCACGCACCGUCCAAACUGUUUCUCCGAUCCUUGGCUUUAACUGAUCUCCUCGUUGGCGUCAUCUCCGGGCCUCUAACUAUCACCUACUGGAUGUCCGCGGUCAGAAAGCGGUGGGAUGACUGCUACAACACAUUUUUCACGAGCAUCAUCGUGGGUUAUCUUCUUUGUGGCAUGUCUUUGUUGACAGUGACUGCAAUAAGCGUGGACAGACUUCUUGCCUUGUCAUUGGGACUGAGAUACAAACAAACUGUGACUCUGAACAGGGCACGAGCGAUCGUUCUUGUAUUCUGGAUUUUUUGCACGGUAUGCUCCGCGUUGCAUGCACAUAAUGCUCGCAUAACAACUUGGUGCACCCAUAUAACGAUACCUGUUUGUUUCGUGACCUCAGUUUCGUCUUAUACAAUGAUUUUCAGGAAACUCCACCAACAUGAAAUUCAAGUGCACAGCAACAUUAUCCAGUGUGAGCAAUCAAGCAACUCAAGUUCAGGGCCACUAAAUAUUUCUCGGUACAGAAAAGGAGUGUCCAGUGUAAUGUGGCUGCAGUUAGUAGUAGCUCUUUGUUAUCUUCCACAUGGUAUAACUACAGCUUUGUGGACCUAUAGUGGAAAGUCGUCCUCUGUUACAGUGCUCAGACAAUUUACAGUGACUUUAGUUUACUUGAAUUCAGCUCUAAACCCAUUGCUUUACUGCUGGAAGAUCAGAGAAGUGAGACAAUCUGUGAAAGAAAUAAUUAGAAACACACUUUGCUGCUCAUGAGGUGCAAGGCUGGAAAUGGUCUUCCCCUCCUUCCCUUGUUGCUUUCUUGAAUUGAUGAAGGCUUGGGGUUUGGUUAGAGCCGCGCAUACUCUCUCUCCAACAGUGGCCCUUUCUUCUAUAAUAUUUCCAGCCCUUUCACGGACUCCUUGCUAAGACUGAAGUUGUCGUCGUUCGAAGAAAACAGUGUUAAACGCGAUUAAUUUCCUGCAUCAAUAUGACAGAUUUGGGCAAGUAGUGACUGUGAAAGAGAACAGGUGUUCUUUUCAAAUGAUGCACUUUCUAAUUUCAAGAUAUCAAGCAAGAUGGAGAUUAGGCUGAUAUUACCAUUUCUCUCAACUGUGGUGUUUGUCAACUACAAUAAAUUUUUUUGCUAAUUUGUGUGAAAAAAUCGACGAAACUUACAUUGUAAGGCUAGAGGCAUUUAACUGAGUAAAAGGAAACUUAAUCUAUUUUUAGAAGGAAUUUCCAUCGGUUAAAUAUUAGAUAUGCAAUACGCUUGACGUAUAACUCGUCCUGUUUUAAAAUAAAAUAAGAAUUUGCUUGGUACAAAUUUGUUCGUAUUUCGGUGACUAUAGUUUCAUCCCGUAUUAUCAUUUACAUUUCAGAACCAUAUUUGUAUAUUCCUUGUGCUCUAUUGUUGUCAUAUAAUUUGAAAAUUUGAGAUCAGACUCGUCUAACAGGAAAGGAAACACCUUUCUAAUAG